GCCACCACGCGUGUACAGCCACCUUGCUGUGCUUUCCCUCCUUCCCUUUGCCUUGCAAGAGGAAGAAGAUGGCAAUAUGGAGGUGGGGUAACCAUCUGUUCUCGAGGAUGGGAACCAGACUUUAACUCACCACUUGGGUUGAAGAAAUAUGGACACCAACACCAUACUGGUCUUCAGCACUGUUUUUACCAGCUUUCUCACCUUUCAGCUUCUUUUCUACUUUAUAAGUUUCUGGUUUUCAGCAAAAAUUUCUCCAGGUUUUAAUAGUCUCAGCUUUGAGAAGAAGAUUGAAUGGAACUCAAGGGUAGGAUCUACAUGCCAUUCUUUGGUGGUUGGGCUUUUUGGCCUGUACAUUUUGUUUUUUGAUGAGGUUGCAAAGGCUGAUCCACUUUGGGGUGAUUCAUCGCUUGUGAAAGUGAAUAUCUCUAUUGCUUCAGGCUACCUCAUUUCUGAUUUGUUGAUUCUCAUUUUGUAUUGGAAAGUGAUUGGUGACAAAUAUUUUAUAAUUCACCAUUGUACAGCGCUGUAUGCAUACCACUUUGUACUGAGGGAUGGAGUCCUGGCAUACGUUGGGAAUUUUCGCCUGCUUGCAGAACUUUCCAGCCCUUUUGUGAAUCAGCGGUGGUUUUUUGAAGCUCUGAAGUAUCCUAAGUUUUCCAAGGCUAACGUCAUCAAUGGAGUACUCAUGACAGUGGUGUUCUUCAUCGUACGGAUUGUCUCGAUACCUCCUUUUUAUGGGUACCUUUAUUCCGUGUCCGGAACCGAAGCCUACAUCAGGCUUGGAUUUUUAAUCCAAUUUUCCUGGAUCUUUACUUGUGCUGUUUUGGAUGGGAUGAAUAUCAUGUGGAUGAUCAAAAUUACAAAGGGUUGCAUCAAAGUCAUCUCUCUCCUCAGACAAGAGAAAGCCAAAAGUAGUCUUCAGAAUGGAAAACUUGACUAAAGGUGGGCUACUGAUAAGCAUACUUCCAUACUGUCCACGUUAUAUCUACUGAUAGGAUGAAUGCUUGGCAUGUUCUUGUACUUCUUAUUAAUUAUAUUUGUUAUCGAGGGUUUCAGUGCUUUUUUUUUUUAACCUUUAGAAAAGAGAAACUAAAACUUAGUUUUUGUUCCAAGAUUUCUUUUCUGAUUUUCUUCUGCAUUGUAAGCAUGGAUAAAAUCUUAAAGGUUUAAAUAAAAAAUUAUAAAUAUAGUGGUGAAUCUUUUCAGAAAUCUGUUAACCUGCAUUGGUAUUUUUCUCUGUGAAAAGAUGACUAUGCUAAUUGGGUGCACUUGGUUUUAUGUCACCAAUUUUGCUGAAAGAAUGGGAACUGCUUUUAAAUUUGUAAAUAGCUCUCAACACUUUGUUGUACUGCACUCAUUUCUUACUGUGGCUGUCAAUACCCGUUUAGGGUUUAAUUUCUAGACCAUUGAAAUGUUCUUUUCUUAGGCUAUCAGAAAUGAUGUAUUUUUUUGUUUAGAUAUGCUAUCAUUUAUGAAUGAUGAAGUAUUUUGCUUACUUUGGGAAUAU